AUGAAAAUAUUUCGACUCGUAGUUCAUUCGAUAGAGAAAACAAUUCUCUAUGCACUGGUAUGCUUUAAAANUAUUAAAGAAACAACAUCAAUUGUUAUGAAUGAUUUAAAUGAAUGGGAAGAAAUAAAGAAAAAUUUAUCAACAACAAUAAUUCAAGGAAAAGUAGUGCUUAAUGUUGGUGGACGUGAAUUUUUAACUACAGUCGAAACUUUAACAAAAGAAAAGAAUUCAUUCUUUACAGGAUUAUUUUCUGAAAGUUGGAAUUUAGAAAAAGAUAAUCGAGAAAGAAUAUUCAUUGACAGAAAUGGAGAUUUAUUUGCGGAAGUUCUAGAUUUUAUGCGAAAUCCUCAUGAAUUUAUUUUACCAGACGAACGAUUACGUAAACGUUUAAUAAAUGAAGCUAAAUUCUAUAAAUUGAAGUCCUUUUUGGAAGUUUUAACAGAACCUGAAAGAAAACUCGAAGAAGAAAAGAGAAAAAGACAAGAGGAAAUUUUCAUUGGUGAUACACUUUUAACGAUAGAACAAAAACAAAAAUUGAAUGAAUUUUAUGGUAAAAAUGAUCAACUUUGGAAAUUAAUUUAUAAAGCUACUCGAGACGGUUUUGAAGGUACUACUUUUCAUAAACAUUCUGAUAAUCAAGGUCCAACAAUGGUGAUUAUUCAAUCCACAGGUGGAUUUUUAUUUGGUGGUUAUGCUUCUGAAAGUUGGAAAUCCAUUGGAAAUUAUAUAAAUGCACAGAACUCGUUUCUUUUUUUACUAACAAAUGCUAAUGGAAAUCAGCCAACAAAGUUUCUUUAUAAUAAUAAUGGUCAUGCUCUUUAUGACAACAACUCGUAUGGCCCAACAUAUGGUAAUGGUCAUGAUUUAUAUAUAUGUGACAGGAGCAAUACAUGUACUAAUAGUCAUUGCAAUAUGACAGGUGCAUACGGUUAUACGAACCUUCUUGGACUUGCUCAAGCAACUUUCACAGGUGCCCAGAACUUUCAAACAUCAGACAUCGAAGUCUUCAAAUUAUCAGAAUAA